GAUCGAUCCACCGGUGAGAGACGCCGGAGUUUUAUCCCCGCCGCGAAGAGAGGAAACCCUUUCUCCUUCCCGAUGUAUUGGUGAAGUAGUCAAGUGGGGAUAAUGAUGGAAGUGGAAGGAUCGAUGAAUCGUGCUCCUGAUCAAUCAUCCUUCUUACGAUCGAGACGAUCCAAAGCUCUGUAUCAGUUUAAGCAGCAGAAACUCCCAGCUUGUAAGCCAGUCUUAACACCAAUAUCGGUUAUAACAGUGUUUAUGUUAAUGGGUUUUGUUUUUAUUCCCAUUGGCCUCAUUACUCUUCGUGCUUCUCGUGAUGCUAUUGAAAUUAUAGAUCGAUAUGAUGUUGAGUGCAUUCCUGAAGAAUAUAAAACCAAUAAACUGUUGUACAUAACAGAUUCAUCUAUCCCAAAGAACUGUACUCGUUACUUGAAGGUACAAAAGUAUAUGAAAGCUCCCAUUUUUAUCUACUACCAGCUCGAUAACUACUAUCAAAACCACCGCCGGUAUGUAAAGAGUAGAAGUGAUCAGCAACUUUUACAUGGACUGGAGUAUAGUCACACAAGUUCUUGUGAACCUGAGGAGUCAUCUAAUGGUCUCCCGAUUGUUCCUUGUGGGUUGAUAGCUUGGAGUAUGUUCAAUGAUACAUUUACGUUUUCUCGUGAAAGGACAAAACUGAAGGUGAGCCGGAAUAACAUUGCGUGGAAGAGUGACCGCGAGCAAAAGUUUGGAAAGAAUGUGUAUCCUGUCAAUUUCCAGAAUGGAACUUUGAUUGGUGGAGCAAAGUUGGAUCCUAAAAUUCCUCUAAGUGACCAAGAGGACUUUAUAGUGUGGAUGCGAGCAGCUGCUUUGCUAAGCUUCCGGAAGUUAUAUGGAAGAAUCGAAGAGGACUUGAAGCCAGGAACCGUUGUUGAAGUAAAUUUGAUGAACAAUUACAACACUUAUAGCUUUAGUGGGCAGAAGAAGCUUAUUCUUUCCACAUCAAAUUGGUUAGGAGGAAGAAAUGAUUUCCUAGGCAUCACCUAUCUUGUCGUUGGUUCCUCUUCCAUAGUCAUAUCCAUCAUCUUCAUGUUGCUCCAUUUGAAAAAUCCAAGGCCUUACGGGGAUAAUUCUUGGAACAAGAAAAGCCUUUCAAGUUGAGAAGCUGUUACAUUCUUUCUCUAACAGAUUCAUAUUCCAGGUUCAUAUAUAUUCUUACAUACUCGAGAGCUGUACUUUGUCUAUAUAUAUGAUCAUCUAGGUUUAAGGAGUAUAUAACUUAUGUAUGAGCCUAUAGUUCUAGAAAACUGAUAAGGUUCCUCUGUUUUCUAUAUGACCCUUUUUGUGUUCGGAUUUCGGGUUCUAAAGAUUAAACAAAAAGAUAAUUGUUUG